GAAGGCACAGCUCUCUAGCGAGGUGGGGUUAGAACCGAGCUAAUUAUUUUCCAGCGGGUUUACAGUAAAACACUUAUUGCCGCUUUCCACGUACUAUAAAUGAAAAUACUACAAGAUUUGCAUGUUUUCGGGGCUUCAAGGACAACAAAAAGGCAGCUGAAAACAUGACAUUGACAAGAGGCUCGUUCACUUAUUCAAGCGGAGAGGAAUAUGAUGGGGAGUGGAAAGAAGGCCGAAGGCAUGGAGUCGGUCAUUUAAAAUUUUCUGAUGGCACUACCUAUGCUGGACAGUUUGAAAAUGGACUGUUUAAUGGUCGUGGGGUAUUAACAUUUUCAGAUGGCUCAAGAUAUGAAGGAGAAUUUUCCCAAGGCAAAUUUCAAGGUGUUGGAGUGUUUACUCGUUUUGAUGGAAUGAAGUAUGAAGGGGAGUUCAAAAGUGGACGAGUUGAAGGAUACGGACUGCUCACUUUCCCUGAUGGUACCCAUGGAGUGCCCUGGAAUGAAGGGUUGUUUGAGAACAAUAAGCUGCUGAAAAGAGAGAAGUGCCUGGCAACAAUCCAGAGAGCUCAAGACGCCGCCAAAUCAGCUCGUGGAUUUUCUGUAUGAAAGCAAUGAGUCAGCAUCAUCUGGGGGUCCUCAGGGAUGGAUGACAGGGGUAACAGCCUUCUCAUUUAGUUCAGUGCUUGGCGGUAGUGCAAUACGAUUAAAUGCUGCUCAGAAUAAGCAAAUGAUUUUGGGAGGGGAACACCGGUACAUUUCAAUAAGACGCCCCUCUGAAGACUUGUGUUUUAAGAGACUGUUUUUAACACUUUGCUUCAAUUACACUUAUAUUACUGGUGUACUGUGUUCCUACAAAUGUAAUUAUCACACUUUUUGCACUUGCUUAAAACUUUGUUGGUAUCACAAAAUCAACUAAUAGUUAAAUUGUAAUAUUUAUGUUACUGCUCAGGCAACAUUUUUUGCCAAAUGUUUUUAAAAUAACUGUUAUUAAUGUCACUUUUGCCUUAAUAUCUUGUCCAUAAAUUGCACAGAAGUUUUCAGUUACUGUGAUAUGCUGUCUAGAGUUUCACCUUGAGUGGAUAACGGCUUCUUAUCAAGAGUCAAGUUACUUCUGGCCUUUUUUCUAAAAUAUUUUAUAGCUGACUAAUAUACUUGGAAUAUUUGUAAUUUACCAUCUAACUUACCAUAUGACAGAAUUCUGUUUGCUGUGUGUUUUAAAGCUGAACUGAAAAACAGAAAAGCCACAUAAAGACGUUCUGAUUAGCACACACAGAGGCUACCGAUUUACCACUGUGUGUUUUUAAGCAGUGACCAUCCUGUAUGUGUAAAGAGUCCGACAUCCCACUGUCCCAUACAGACUAUAAAGAAGCCCAGUGGGACUCAAGAAAGCUUCUCAUUUUGAUCAUCUGUGCCAGUUUUAGAAUUUUUGUUCUUGGUAAGAAUGGGAUGCAUAAGUGGUCCCAUCAGAAAAGUUAGUCCUAAAAUAUUGAGCCUAUAGAAGUAUUCACCCAUUUACUUCAAUUUCAUAGUCAAAUAAGAACAAAUUCAUACAGUGUGGGAUUUGACAUUGAAAUCCUAAUACAAAAUAUUCAGUAUUUGAAAAUGCAAUAAGUGAUUUAGGUUAUUUGAUAGCUGGUAACCUUUAACUUUAAUGUAUACAUUGUUAAAUCUAAAGUUGAUCAUUUAAAUAGUAUCAGAAAUUUUGUGGGCAGGUCUACCGCUUACAACAUUGUCAGAAACCUUUAAGAAGUAAUUACUUGGGCCAAAAGACGUCAUGAUGCAUACAAGGUGACUGAUUUGAUAUAAAGUGUACAUACUGCAUAUUCUCAAGAGCUUAUUCCAGGGGCACAGGAUGAAAAACCCCAGACGCGGCCCUGGACUGGUUGUCAGUCCAACAUAGUGCCCCCUUUCUCAUACAGGAUGGUAUAAAGCUGGACAAGUCAAUUUAAAAACAUCUUCGGAUAUCUAAUAUUUGUUACGUUUUAGGCUUCUACAGUAUAUUGUGCCCUGAAUACUCUGAGACAUACUAGCUUCUCUAUAACAAUCAACGUUCAUGCAUUUAUUUAGCUUAUUAUUUAUAACACAUUAUUGCUAAAGUUACUCCUACUGCUUUUUUCCCCCAUUGUGAGCCAGCAAGAGUCCAGGGAUUUCAGAAAUUCUUGUUUGAGUAAAGUGGGUCAGCUAAAUUACCAUUUGAGAUGUGGCAUCAUGUGCUCCACACAGUAUCUUCUCAGGUGUUUUACAGUGAAUUGUGUUGUGCAGCAGCAAAGAACCUGUCCACUCUACCAGGACUCGGCAGGCCGGCAGGUCUGCUGUAAAGACAGCAUUGUUCACCACUUCCAGCUUUGGCACUUGUGUCUUUAAUGUGACAGUCUAGAUGGUAGGCACUGAGGUGGAACUAAGACUCUCCCACAAUAAAGCAUAGCACCUUAUCUUCUGACCUGAUAAGCAAAUACAUUUUUGUCCAGAGCCCACAGUGAGCCAAAAGCAUUUCAGAAAGUGUGUCUGAUAAAUAAUCUAAAAUAACAACGACAGAUGAUACAAAUUUAGCCUUAACUUUAGGAUCUCUUGUGGUGAGUUCAUCUUAUUAAAAUAAUCCAUUAGUUUACCUAAAUGUUUAAAUUGUAUACUGGACAUUGUUAAAGUAGAUUUCAGUAAAAUGUCCCAACAAUGUAUGUGCCAAUUACAGAUUUUAGAAUUGUACAUGUAUCAAGAGACGUUUGCAAUAGUUACCUAAGCACACUUUUCACAAAUUAAAUCCACAGCGCCCUCUGCACAGUAUACUGUAUGUGUGGGUUACGACAUCUUAUUAAACAUGAGAAAUGGUUGUCUUGAUUUUAAAGUAAUAAAAGCUAAAAUUUUAAAAAGGGUUUGUAGAACACUACAUAUACUAAAUGUAAAUAAGAAAAAGGUACACAUAUAGUAAAUGUUAAAGAAAUAUGUUAGGAAAAUGGAGAUAGUGUCAGAGCGAGAUACGCGUUACUGAUGCUAAUAUAACGUAGUCUAGGCAUAUUACUGGCAGUCUAAUAUACACCUAAAUCUACACAAAAUACAUGUAUGUCUAACCAAAAUAAAAUAAAUCUCUCUAGUUUAUCCUUGGUAUUCAAGUAGAAUUGCUUAAUAAAUAAUUUGUAUCUGUACUUUGAUAUGCCAAUAAUGGAUAUUGAGAAAAUUAAAAUCAGUUUAGUAUGUCCUAGGUAUGUUAAUUGUUUCCGCUGUCUAAAACAACAGUCGCGUCUGGCUUUCAAAUGUCUAGUGAAUGAAUCGUUUGUAGUGGUCUGAACUGUUGAAAAGGAUACCCUGGGUUCCUGUAUUAGCAGGAAUGAAGUAUUUGACUUUGGUGUGGAUCAAGAACGCAUGCUUGACCAGCACAUUUAUAAAUGGAGUGAGAGAAUGUUUUGACGUGCACUCGUAUAGGCACAGCGAAGGAAGACACUUCACUUAAACACUGAGUCUAUUUAAAAUCCACUGCUUUAACGUGGACCUCUCUUACAAUUUCCAGCACAUUUCAAAAUAUUUUCAUUCACCAGUUCAUACCCAUGGAUAAAAACUGACUAAGGACCUACAGGCCAACAUUGUAGGAUCUUCAACCAGUACUUACAUUCGUGGUCUUGAAGGAAAUCACUAGACGACCUCGGAAAUAAUUCAUCACCUCAACAUUUAUGAAGUUGGGACAGGUUAUGCAUUUUGUUGAUGCCUUAUAAGAAUCGAUUGUUCAGCAUCACAGAUCUCAUUCGUACAUGUUUAUUAUGAUUCUUUUUACUUUAGGAAGUUUGUCAUGGUGUAAACAUCCCAAAUAUAAGAUAGACCUUUUAGCAUUUGAAUGCAGUUUGAUUUGAUUAGGUUUAUAUCUUGUAAUACUGUAAUAUUAACGCAGAAAACAAAACAGUUUUGAAACAUUUGUAUUAAGUGUAACAGUGUAUACCUAGAAAACUAUGGUGGGUGAAGUGGACUCAAUAAAGCAGAUCUUCCUUCAAAAGGAAUUUUAUCAGUAAAUACUUCAAAUGCAGAAAACGACUGUCCUAAUAGUCCUAUAGCGGGGUUUAACACUGACUUACCACUAAAAUGUAUUAUUUACAGUGUUGGGCUUUAUUAUCGCGAAAAGUGCUUUAGAGUGGAUGUGGGUUCACCAUUUUAAAAAAAAUCUAUAUGAAGUCCUGCUUUUAGCCGCCAUGUUUUAAAUUGACAUCUGCAAAUCAAAUUUAGCAAUAAUUACUUAAAAUGUUAAUACAGUUUAGACUGGAUUUUCAU